AUGGACAUUCCACAGAGUGAAGACGAGGCACGGGCUCAUAUUGCCCAGAUUCGAGCUGCUAAAAGUUCGGACGAUGAGACGAGCGAUACCUCCGAUCUUGAAAACGCUCUCGUCAUCCUGGCAGAGCAGCUUUACCACAAAUCUACUCAUUUUCUCCUGGAGCUUAUCCAGAAUGCUGACGAUAAUAAUUAUGCAUCCUCGAAUCCAACGCUUAAUAUCACCCUCGCCGGGCGUACAUUGCGAAUCGACGCAAAUGAGGUUGGCUUUACCAGACGUAAUGCCGAGGCCAUCUGUAGGAUUGGUCGAAGUACAAAAGCAGGCCUCGAUAAAUCAGCAGGAUAUAUUGGCGAAAAAGGCAUUGGCUUCAAAUCAGUCUUCAAGAUCGCCGAUAUUGUUUGGAUCCACUCGGGGCACUACUCCUUCAUGUUCGAUAAGAAUUCCAAGCUGGGUAUGAUUACACCGGUUUGGACUGUGUUCCCAUGUCCGCCAAAGGCUGCUUUCACGUCAAUGUGCCUGCAGCUGACGGACGAUUGCAAUUUAAGCGAGCUCCGAGCCGAAAUCAAAUCGUUAGACACCAGGCUUCUCAUCUUCCUCCGCAAAUUACGAGAAAUCAACAUAGUCGUUCAUGAGGAGACUUUCCCCACGUGGGAAACAAAGUUGAAGUGCGAAGAGGUCGGAACAACAAAUGGCGAGGAACUGAUCAAGCUUCACCAGGAUGAAGAGUCUCGAUUGUACAAGAUCAUCCGUCAUGCCAUCUCAGGACUUCCACAGGAAAUAAAACGUCCUGGUUGCCAUACCUCCCAAAUUGUCCUUGCCUUCCCUCUCGUCGACUUCGAUGGGCCCUCGAUGGUGUCGCAGAACGUGUAUGCUUUUUUGCCCAUACGUGAUUAUGGCUUCAAAUUCUUGAUUCAAGCAGACUUCCUUCUGAGUGCAAGCCGCGAAGAAAUCGACUGCUCUUCGCCGUGGAACCAGGCAUUACUAGAGAACAUUCCCCAGGCAUUCCGCCUAGCUGUUGACGAAUUCAACUCCGGAGACCUCAGAUACUCCUGGGUAAAGUUUCUUCAAAAUAGGUCGCCAUGUUCGGACUUUUUCUCCCCCCUCGAAGGCGCAAUCGUUGAAGAGUUGUCUACCUCGCCAAUCCUAGAGUCUCAAAGUGGCGCGCUCAUGAUCCCGUCCAAUUUAAGAACGGUCCCGGUCUCGAUGCUUGGAGAUGAUGAGCGGCCAUUCCUCCCAAGCGAUCUGUCCUUGUCCAAGUACAUCUCACCGAAGUAUCCCCUCGAAACACACAGGGCCGAGCUCGCGUUUCUGGGGGUAAAAGAUGUUACCCCGGAAGAGUGUGUUGACGACCUGAAGGUGUUCAUAACAUCCUAUCCAGAAAAGUUCCACAGUAUGCCUCAAACUUGGCACUCGGGCCUCUGUAAAUUACUUUCUCAGUUUUCAGAGGGUACAGCCGCCGUCAAGAACAAGGUGUCUUGUUUAGAACUCAUUCCCCUCAUCGGCGGUCAAUGGAUAUCAUCCUCGCAUCAAGACUUGUACUUCUCCGACGAGAAAAAGAAAGACGUCCAGAUUCCGAACGGCUUGGAAAUGAAGGAGAUCGACUUUGUAGCAGCGUCUGAUCUUUCAAGACGGAAUCUUUACAUGCUACUAGGGGCUCGAAUGUGGACGAACGAAAAGGUUUGCCAAGCCAUCACUUCGACUCAUGCAUCUCGUUCAUUUCGCCCCCAAAAUCUUCCUCCCAAGGAUCUGAUUUCCCAUAUUAUGUUCUUGUUUCAUGCAAAUUGGACAAGGGUUAAACCUAAGAGUCUAUGGCUUGUAACGGAGUCCGGUACAGCGAAGGCUAGUUUCGAUGCAUACAUAGACUCCGAUAAGUCUUUUUCUGCUUCUAUACUAUUCGGAAAAGACAGGAAUUUAUUUCCCUUCAUACACAGUGACUACUUGGCAGUUCCUCCUAACACGCAGCCCAAACUGAGGGCAUGGAUGGUGGCGAACCUUGGCGUGGCAGAUAUUCCGCGAAUGGUGUCAUACAAUGACUCGGAGCCGGAGUUGAGUGAGGACUUUCAAUUUCUUCUCAGUCAUGCGGAUUAUUUACCCGUCCUAUUACUGCUGAGGGAUAAUUGGGAUCAUUACGCCAAAUGGAUAAGCGAAGAAAAGAAAUCUGCCAGAGAAUGCGCGCGGCAGGUGAAAGAAGCAAUUGGCAACCUUUCGGUGUCCUGCAAAGGUGGCAUAUCUGCGAUGCUGAAAAAAACCCUUCUACCGACGCCUAACAUGGAGGCCUCAAGCUUGGUAUCCAUGUCAUUUCUUGAAAUUCCAGAGCCGGAGCAUCCUCAAUGGAGACAGCUCCGUCAUUUUGGCGUUCUUGUCACCCCCGGUAUUGGCCCAUUUAUCAAGUACCUAGAGAUCUUGAAAGAGUCCGGGGGUACGUCGAAGGAGGCAUCUGAGCUUUACAAGCAGUUGCACACUCAAUGCAACUUGGAUCCAACACUUAUACCGGCUUGUAAGAGCGCCUUUGAAUCAGAUGCACUGGUAUUUACACCAAAGUCUGCGAGAUGGACCGGAAAAGAAUGGCAUGGUCUUGAAAGCUGUGUUUGGGACGGACCGACCUGUUUAAGGAAAAUAGCCUGCCUUUCGCGAUUCUAUCCGGAGCAUUAUUCUUUCUUUAGCAUAACGCUAGGUCUGGGCAACGCGGAUUGGACCACCCUGGCAGGUGAGGCUCAAAUGAUCGAACCCUGUGAUCCCCUCAAGUACAUUUCGGCCAUUUUUGAGUUGAUAAGUGAAUACUUCCCAGCAUCGGAGAAAUCAAAGGCUACCAAAGCAAGGACGAAAAUGAUUGCGGCUCUUACAAGGUCAACUAUUGUUCCAGUUGACGAAGGAAAGUCUGGAAGCACAUUCGACUAUCUAAGUACUUCUCAAACGGACGCAACGUGGCUCAUUGCUGACAGACCACACCUGAAACAUGCAUUUCGCGGUCACAUUCCCCUGCUUGCCCUCGACGAAGAAUCGAUAGCGAAGAUUGGUCCUCUUAUGAUGGCUCUCGGCUGGAAUAGGAGAUUACUUUCCCGCCUUGCCCAUGGAGUCCCAGAUGCUGGAAGCGAUGCGCAGCUAAAUGACGACUAUACGAGAGUCAUUCACACUAGGGCUAGGUUCAUUGCAAGAUUGUUGAAACCGAAGCUUGCAAAUAGGAAGGCCAUCAUCGAGCAGCUAUGCAACGCAAAAGUGUUUGUCGUAAGAAGAAUCACUUUGAGAUGGGCGGUCAAAGUGUCCGGUAGAGGAGAGGUUGUAGGGCGAGCCGAUUCUGGGCGAGUAAAAAUCGCUGUGGUGGGCAAAUGUCUGGAAAUAUUCCUUCGCAAAAGUGAUUCUGAUAUUUCUCGUCCGCCUCUCGAGCUGCUGGAGGAAAUGACCAACUUCUGCCAACUGCUUGAUGCCGCCAAUGUUGCCAUCCUUCAUGGCGUGAUGACUGUAACCAACGCUAGUGAUAUGGAUGCCAUAUUCGGGAGGCGGGGCUUGCAGAAAGAUGCACCAGAAUUCACAUCCCUACUAGAUUCGAAGAAGCUAAACCCAGACUUUUGGUCAUCAAUGGGGAACGGAAAUUAUGGAGACGAUGAUUACUUGCGAGAUCGUGACGCAACUUUCGAUGCAGUGUCAACCUUCAUGGCUCGCUUCACCGCACUGAACCGGUGGGACAACACCAAGGCACGACCAUGGUCAUCAAUCAAAAUGGAUUCAGUGCUUUCCCACUUAUGCAGACUUGAGAAUGUCGAUCCAUACACACUGCUGCCACGAACGGUAAUCUCGCCCUGGGACAAUAGAUUACGACAAGCAGGUGCUUAUCUCGACGACCCAACCUCAAUCAGCUUCAUCACUGGUACCGAAAGCUUUGGGAAAACAUCUCGCCUUCGGCCUACUCAAGCCUUUCCGGCUCUUGUCAAAAUUGAUAGAGCUAAACACACCGUAAUUGAAAUGCUGCCAGCUUCGACGGUAGAUGUCGCUAGAGAUGUGAUGCUAGCUGGCGAGCUCUACGUCUCCAAGUUGCUCGAGAACGAGUUGGGUGAGGUGUACAGCCCCGUUCUGCACUGGACCAGCUCACUUCGGCAAAAAGCUGGACUAAGCCCAUUCACGGGGGAUGAGAAUGAGGCAUCGACUUUCACGAUUAAGGACCAAGACGCCGCGCAUGCCUUUGCUCAUAUGCUGACGAGAAAGGGCCACCCCAUACCCGACAAAAGCAUCGGGGCCCCAGUGUUCCACAUCGAAGUUGUCACCACUGAAGGAGGCCAUAUGUCCAGGUUUGCACUUGAGCCGUCCCAGGUUCAGAAGGCCUGGAAGUGCCACCAGACUCGAAAAGUCAAUGGCACACUCGUUACGUUUGGCGAGGUGUUCGUACUCAUUCGUAUAGUAGAUGUUCGCGAAUACCCUCAGGUAGCCCUCUAUGUUGAUCCGUGGCAAAUGCACGCCGCCGGAGAAUUGCAACUGACAUCAGCAUCUCGCUUCUCGGCAGCGUUCCAAAGCGCUCCUCCCUCCUCUGUAUUGUGGGACAUGACGUUUGAAAAAGGCCGGCCGUCAAGAAAGAGGAAGAGGUCCGACACGGAGACGGUCACGGACGACACUCCUGUAAUUCCACCGUCCGAACGACUGUAUACCUACACAGCUUUGAAGCUUCAGCAGAUCAGACUCUUGGAACUGCUUCCCGGAGAGGACGACGACGCAAUCGAAGGACUUGUUCAGCACGUAUCUCUAUCCGAGAACCACAAAUUCAGCGCCAUUUCCUAUGCAUGGGGGCCUCCUCUCAAACCGUUCCACAUUCAGACAGAAGAAGGCAAAAUACCACUGACUUCAUCGCUCCAUGCCGCUCUAAAGAGACUUCGAACUAGAACUGAGUCCGUUAUCUUGUGGGCCGAUGCCAUCUGUAUAGAUCAAGCUAACGUCCACGAGAAAGUGACUCAAAUUCGACUGUUGCCAAAGAUAUUUCAAUCCGCCAGAUUGGUUUUUGCGUGGAUCGGGAAUGAAGAGGAUGACAGCUACCAAGCUUUGCAGACACUACUUCAGAUACGAACAAAUCAAGUCAAACCAGAUGUUUGGCCGAAAGGCUUGCCUCGUGUCCCACUGACAUGGCAAUACCCGGGCAUCCCCCCAGUGAAGAGUGACGUGUGGAAGCACAUUGCCGUGCUAUUUCAACGUGAAUGGUUUCGGCGGGCUUGGAUCGUUCAAGAGGUUGUGCUAGCUUCUGAAGUAAGGAUUGUAUGUGGCUCUUGGGAGAUCUCCUGGGACGACAUCUUCUUCGCCGUCAAACUCUGUUUAGAAUGGUCCAGCACGCUAGGAGUAGAUGAUAAUCGAGUCAGAGAAAUGCUCUCCAGCCUGAAGCCAUCGUACACCCUUGCCGAGACCCGGGCAGCGUUCCAGCAGAUGAAUCUGGCUCCUCGUUUUAACUUAAUGGCACUCCUGGAUGAGUUUGCGCAUACUCAGUCGACAAAAGAGUGUGACAAGCUCUUUGCGCUUCUCGGCAUCUCUUUUGGUGCCGAAACCGCAGCCUUUGAUCCCGACUAUUCCUCAUCGAUUCAGACAAUCGUCCGUCGCUACGCCGCAGAGUUCAUCGACAGGGGUCACGCGAUGGAUCUCUUACAUAGAAGUGCCGGUGGACCCUCUUUAGCAUUUCCUAGACUAGCUCCACUUAACUCUAGCCAGCUUGAAGUCACUGGAGCCAUGAUAGACACGGUUGUCAGAACUGGAUGGAAAACCACAGCAACUUCCGACCUGAUAACAGUCAUCAAUAGUCUAAAUGACCUCGUCCAAGGGAUAAAACGCUAUCCUACCGGCGAAAGCCAGCGCGAUCUCUUGCUUAAGAUCCCGAUUGGCAACGCGAUCAAACCCUGUGACGAUGAGAUUGGAUCGUUCCAAACUGCAGAGGACGGUGACCAGUACGUCGAUUUCCAAUGGAAUGAGGCGGGCAAUGGCAUUCAAUCCUUGGAAGAUAUGCUCCAAUUCUUCAAGCAGAACCGAGAAAAGCGCGAAAUAACCUGGAAAUACUGGCUUACAGCGGCUACAUUUUUGAAAAGACUCUCUCAUGGUAGAUUUUUUAGUACCAGGCGCGGCUACAUCGGAGUGGGUCCACCGCUAACAAAGAGUGGUGAUCAGAUAUUCGUCUUCGGCGGAGCAGUAGUGCCAUUCGUGCUGGAUAAAAAGGUCAGCACCUACAGUCUUGUUGGGGAAUGCUAUGUGCAUGGCAUUAUGUAUGGGGAGUCGAGCAAGUUUUCGGGAAUUCGGCAAGAGGUGUUACUUUUGGAAUAGAUUGUGGCGUACCGGGAUUUCUGCUUAAAGACUUGCCAUGAUUUGACAGGCGCAUUAUCAGGAGCCUUGCGCUUAACUUGUUUCGAAUUAACAUACUGAUCACACAUUCUUGUGAACGUCGGGGUCGC